GAAUGAUCAUCCCCUCGCAUAAAGUUGAAAUCCUUCCUUCACAUCGCUUUCCUCUCCUCCAUGGGGAAUGCCAUUCUUUGAUCGGAAUAGCUUCAUAAUUUUUAUAAUUAUGUCUUUGACAACAUCUCUUGCCGCCGCAAUGGUGGCGCCUACCCUAACGACAACAUUCAUGCCCUCUAACACAGCAUGCAUAGAAAACCACCUGACAAUGCUGGAGAACAGGGAGUGGGAAAUUUGGAUGAAUGAAGUACUGCCAGUCCCAGGAACUACAAUGACGGAUUGUUAUCCAACACAAUAUAUCAAGAGUCGUCUGGAAUUGGCUGGAGGUGUGACCCAAGGUGCUUUUCAGGCGCUCGUUUGUCCUCAGAGCUACAGCUCUCUAGCAGCAUAUACCUCAAAUUACAUCGCUUGCUGCCCUAAGUAUGACGAAAAUCCUAUCUGAUAUACAGACAACUAACAUUCGUAUUAGCGGUUAUCAAUUCACACCUCCCAAAACAACGAUUUUUUCAGAUAGGCCAGCAUUCGGAGGAACAUGUUAUACCCCGAUGUAAGUUGAAAGAAAGUUUCCAGACUUCAAGAAUCCAUGAUGAAUCAAGAACUGAAGCCCAGUAAUGUAGUACUAUGGGAACCCCAGUGAUUGUUACCGCAUAUGGAUCCUCUGGAGUUACUGCGACAUCGAUCUUUUCAGCUCCCGACAUUCAUGCUGCAGCUUAUGCUUCUCCCUACGAGGGUUUUGCUUAUGGGGUUGCUCAAGUUCCAAGUAUCACUGCCGCACCAUCAGCAACAACAGGAAUCGCGGCUCCAACAAGUACUUCAGGAGCCUCGGGGGGGCUGGUUGGGCAGACUCAUACUGUAAGCUAUCUACAUUACUCUUAUAAACUUCUCUCACACUGUGAAGGUGAUAGCUGGAGCCGGUCCAACAUUCAUUCCAAGUUCAGUAAACGCACAAGUUGGAGAUAAAGUGGUUUUUGCCUUCUCCUCUGGAAACCAUACCAUUACCCAAUCCAGUUUCGAAAAACCAUGCGAAAAACUUCCUAACGGAUUCGAUUCUGAUUACAUCGGCAACAGCGCAACAGAAUUCUCGCUUGCCGUAAAUGUGUCAACCGCCCAAUUCUUUUACUCGAAGCAAUCUUCGGAUUGUAAGGAGGGCAUGCUUUUUGCUCUAAACCCUACCUCUUCCCAAUCCGAAUCGGCUUUCCGGGCACUCGCAAUCUCACAGACUGGCAGCACAUCAAGCAGAAUGUCUCCUGGCGUCAUAGCAGGCAUAGUUAUAGCAUCAAUUGCAGGAGUCGGAAUACUUGGGCUUUUGGCGCUUCUGCAUUUAAGGCGAAGAAAGCAACACCCACCGGGUGUAGCUGAGAAACUAGAAGACGGUUCUUCACGAAGUGAAUCAACAUCUCCAAACAGUGGAAAUGGCAAUUCAGGAUUCAGGAACGAAGUUGCAUUGAACAAUAUCAAUGAAGCCGAAGGAAGUUUGGGUUCUCCCAAGGCGGCGGAGUUAUACGACAUGCAAUUACCAACCGAACUUGCAGGCUGCAGUGCAGUAGAGAUGUCAGCAGAAAACGCAACACAUCACGAAGCAAACAUGAGCGAAAAAGAUGGCGCGCAACAUAGUAUGAGAGACGAUUCGCCCACGAAAUCCGUCGGGACACACCAGACAUGGGGAUAUGAGCCUACAGGAAAUGAACGGGCGGAAAUCAUGUCUCCAGAGAGCAAUCCAAGAUACAGUCAGCGCCCAUGGGGUGCGGGGACAAGUACAACUGUCAGCAGCCCAGAAGAAGAAGAAACGAGGCAGAACCUUUCCAGUCCAAAUGAUCGUUCCCUGAGAGCUAACGGGUGGCGUUAAUGUUUAUAGUUCUUGAGCAUGUAGUUUUAUUUAAUGAUUGAAAAUGAAUUUCCUAUUCCUAGACUAGAUUAGUUAUUACUAGCCUUUCAAAAAAGAGAACCUAAUUUACACCCUAAGA